AUGGAUGUUGAUGAUGAUUUAAUUGAUCAUGCUUCAGAAAAGUCGAACUCUUCAGAAUUUCUGCUAUGGGAUUGUCCUGUAGAAGGUUGUAUUCGUCAAUAUCGUCGAUAUUAUGAUCUUCAAAGUCAUCUCGAUACAGGUAAACAUGUUUUAAAAAAAGUAAAAAUGCCAUUACUCGACAAAGCAAAAAUCAUAUUUCAAACUCUUCUUGAAAAUGACAAUCAAAGAGUACCUGUUCGUCUGCAAAAUUUUAAUACCAUUGUUAACACCGAUGGUAAGUGGAAUGUUAUUUUGUCAAAAGGGUGGGCUUUGUCUUCGCCAAGAACAAAUACUCGUUUUACUGAAUCACAAAAACAAUACCUUAUCGAUGCAUAUCAGGAUGGAGAAAACUCAGGAUUAAAAUCAAAUCCAGAAACACUGUCUUUGAUGCCAUUUAUUAAAGAAAAUGGUCAAUUUCGUUUUUCACCAGAAGAAUGUCUUACAACAUCACAAAUAAAAAGUUACUUUUCAUGUCUCACUCGUCAACGACGAAAAAAGAUAAACGAUAGCCAACGAUCGUUAAAUCAAUCAGUAACAACAAUUACAUACAAUGAUAGUAAUUCGAAUGAGAGUGAUGAAGAAACUGAUGAAGACGAUUCACAUGAUUAUGAUUAUGAUGUUGCUGCUGAACAGAUGAACGAUUUUGAGAAAAUAGCUACUCAAGUUUUGAAACGAUAA